UGGGGCGGAGAAAACUUGAACAUGAGACCUCAGAAAACUGGCAGUUUAGUGACAGAAACAAGCAUUUACAAGAAUUAGUGUGUUUGAUUAUUGUAGUGUAUAUGGAAUCUGAUAGCCUGAAAUCACAGAAAAAUAUAAAGAGCUUAAGCAUAAGGUUUGUGAACAUCUAUUCGGGAAACAUAAGAAACAAACAGGGAGACCAACUUGGAGAUCACAUAACCUAACCAGGUCCAUCUGGUCACUUCACAGGGAACCAGUUCAGUUAUUUGGAUCUAAUCAAGUCUUUAGUUCUUUCGACCCCUUCCAAAUGGCAUUGGAAAAUGGCAGCUUCUCCAUGGAGAACAUAACAACCGCCAGUCCCAAACUCAAGAGCGUUGUUGAUAACAGUACCUCUGCCACCUUUGGGGCCCUGAUCCUCAGCAUCGCCAUCCUCCUAGGCAUUCCUGGCAACCUGUUCAUCAUCUGGAGUAUCUUGGCUCGUGCUCGAAAGCGCUCUGUCACCACCCUGCUUAUCCUCAACCUGGCGUUUGCCGACGGUUGCCUGAUGUUCCUUACCAUCUUCUUCAUAAUAUACCUGGCCAAGCAGAACUGGAUCUUUGGAGAAGUCUUGUGCAAGCUGCUCUUCUACUUGUGCAACACAAACAUGUACGCGUCUAUUAUGAUCAUUACACUGAUGAGUUUACACAGACUGGUGGCAGUGAUGUGGCCCUCAUAUCUGAGCGUCUGUACUCGCAGACUGACCGUUUUAUUGGUGCUCGGAGGCCUGUGGGUCGCCGUCUUUCUUUUGGCAAUGCCUGUUUUGAUGUUUAGGGCUGAAAAAACUAUUGGGAAUAAACGGAUAGUGUGUGAAACUCAUCACAAUCGUACAGAGCAGGCGGUAUUCCAGUAUACCCUUGAGACAAUGGUGGGCUUCCUGGUGCCGUAUGUGAUCAUAGUGAGCAGUUAUGUGUGUAUCCUCCGCCGCCUCAGACAGACCAAGUUCAAGAGGAUGAUACGAAGCGAGAACCUCAUUCAAGCCAUUAUUGUGACGUUCUGCAUUUUUUGGCUUCCUUACCACAUCCUUAAUGUAGUGCAGGUGAUGGCAGCGCUUACACCAGAGGGAAUGCCAUUAAAAACACAACUAAAAAACAUCUGGGAGUCCAGCCGUGCUGUUACGUCUACUCUGGCAUUUAUCAGUAGUUGUGCCAAUCCUGUCCUAUAUGCAUUUGCUGGACGCUCAUACAUUAAAGCUGAUGGCCUGGCGUUCAUGGCCAGACUUUUUGAGGGAACCGUUCUGGACUACAGUGCUCGGAAAAACCAACAGACUAGGGAUGUCAUCAGGCUAUAAAACUCAAGGAGACACAUAGGAAUCCAUCUUGGACAAUAAGUUAUUCUGGAUAUUUAUAUUGGAAAAUCUUUUUGUAUUGUGACUGAACAAAUAGAAGGCAGCGUAAAGACAUGGUCGUGUUGAAAAUAACACACUUUAAUUUAUUUACUUUAUGAUCACUAAAAAAAACUGUUCAAUAGAGUGAGCAUAGUGAAUGUUUGUAGUGUGGUAUAAAUGCAACCCAGAAAUACUAGCUUUGCCAUUUGAUCACAUGAUCAGUGUGGGGUUUCAUGAUUUUACUGGUAUUUACAAAUCAUCACCUUUAUAUGUGCAUCAGAAAGAAGGUGUCCAGCAGGUUGAGGAAUAUAGUGAAUUCAGAUGUUCUUCAGGUAGUUCUGUAAGUUAAUACACAGCCCAGACUGAUUUUUAAAGCAGUAGUCAACAUUUGAACUGGAUCAAAACAACUUAAAAGAAUGGGAGUCCUUUAACAGUUAAAAAUAACUUUGAUUAGGGUUACACAAUAUAUUGUUUCAGCAUCAAUAUUUCAAUGUGUGCAUCCACAAUAAUCACAUCGCAUAGAUGUGUAACGCCGAGUUGACUUUGCAGUGUUUUUUUUUUUUUUUUUUACAUUUACAUAUACAAAACCAUAAUGCAUAAAUGCUGUUU